GCUACAGAGAGAUGGGAGGAGACGAGACGCAGUCACUCAUCGCUGACUCCUCCCUGAUAGGCUGCCGCUGACCGCACACGCCCGCACAUAGGCUGGGCAGGGCUCAAGUGGCCGCCCAGCCUUCUGGUAAGAGAGAUGCAGUGGGCGGAAAGGGGCGUGGCUUCUGAUCGCUGACUGACAGCUUGCAGUGUGACACGCGUGCCGCCACUCCGGACCCGCCUAACGCUAAUCACAUGAUACCCGCAGACCAAUCACCGCAGCUGCUGUCAGUCUGACUGACUGAGUCCCCGGCACUGCUCAGGUCACCGGCGCCGGCUCACGUCAUGCUGCUCCAUGUGCUGCGGGCCGGGCUCCUCCGCCGCCCGCCUCUCCGGAACCUCCAUCACUCCGCCCUGUCCCGGGCUCCGGUGUCCACACCCUUACAGUUCUACGUCCGUAUCCGAGAUGCCACCAAAUGUCUCUCGCGCUGGUCUGGCAGAAGCAUUAAGGGCAGGACGCUGGUGCUGCUGCUGGGCCCGGCCGUCCUGUGUGCAGGUGGGAAGGUUGCCCUGUGCCAGCUGGAGCAGAAGAGCCCGCCGGCUGUUUGUGAGAGGAAGGUCCCUGACCCGCAGUUUGACUGGGGAACGUUCUGGAAGUUCCUGCGCCCGCAGCUGAUGGCCCUCGUUGCAGCGGUGAUUUUGGCGUUUGGGGCGGCCUUGCUGAAUAUUCAGAUCCCGCUGAUUUUGGGGGAGUUGGUGAAUGUGGUGUCCCGAUAUACAAGAGAGCAUGCGGGGGACUACCUCCGGGAGGUGCGGGGCCCAGCCAUGAAAUUGCUGUGUCUGUAUGCAGCCCAGGGCUUACUGACAUGUGGUUACAUAGUUCUGUUGACUCGUGUUGGGGAGCGAGUUGCUGGCAGUAUGAGGAAAGCUCUGUUCACUUCCCUUCUCUGCCAGGAUGUGGCUUUCUUUGAUGCUCAGAAGACGGGUCUCUUGGUGAACCGUCUCACCUCUGAUGUCCAGGAGUUUAAAUCCGCCUUCAAGCAGGUGAUUUCACAGGGGCUCAGGAGUAUCACCCAGACUGUCGGCUGCUUCAUAUCCCUGUAUUACAUCUCCCCGGAGCUGACCGGACUUCUGGUUGUAGUGAUGCCGGUACUGGUGGGAACUGGCGCCAUAAUUGGAUCUUUUCUACGCAAAUUGUCACGUCAGGCCCAGGAACAGAUUGCUAAAGCCACGGGUCUGGCGGACGAGGCGCUGGGAAAUGUGCGCACGGUGCGGGCUUUCGCCAUGGAAGGUCACGAAGAGAAAUUGUAUUCUUCAGAGGUGAACCGGUCUGUUCAGCUGAAUGAGGUUCUGGGUAUUGGCAUAGCGGUGUUCCAGGGUCUGUCCAACAUUGCUCUAAACUGCAUCGUCUUGGGAACCAUAUUUGCCGGUGGAUCAUUGAUGGCUGGGAAUGACCUGUCGGCUGGAGACCUCAUGUCCUUCCUGGUGGCCUCUCAGACUGUUCAGAGGUCCAUGGCGAACAUGUCGGUGCUGUUUGGCCAGGUGGUCCGGGGUCUCAGCGCCGGGGGCCGUGUCUUCGAAUUCAUGAGUUUGGAGCCAGAGAUCCCACUCAGAGGAGGACUGACGCUCCCUCUACUGAAAGGAGAAAUUCAUUUCAGGGACGUCUCCUUCAGUUACCCUACUCGGCCGGGUCACGAAGUAUUGACUGGUUUUGACCUUCACGUCUCUCCCGGUAAGACGGUGGCCAUCGUGGGACAGUCCGGGGGAGGAAAGUCGACAGUAGCUGCCCUCUUGGAGCGUUUCUAUGACCCUGCGCAAGGGGCGGUGGAGCUGGACGGAGUAAACAUCUGCUCGCUGGACCCAUCUUGGCUGAGAGGGGAAGCCAUCGGGUUCAUUAACCAGGAGCCUGUCCUGUUUGGCACAAGCAUCAUGGAAAAUAUUCGAUUUGGGAGGCCGAGCGCCGGCGAUGCUGAGGUCUAUGAAGCCGCAAAACUGGCGAAUGCUGAUGACUUUAUCCGGAACUUUCCAGAUGGAUAUAACACAAUGCUAGGUGAGCGCGGGGUCACCCUCUCCGGCGGUCAGAAGCAGCGGGUGGCCAUUGCACGCGCUCUUCUAAAGGACCCUCGCAUCCUGAUUCUCGAUGAGGCAACGAGUGCCCUGGACUCAGAGUCUGAGCGGACUGUACAAUUAGCCCUGGAACGCGCUGCCUCUGGCCGCACAGUGCUGGUCAUUGCUCAUCGGCUCAGCACCAUCGCGGAUGCGGACGUCAUCGUGGUCUUGUCAAAGGGCCGGGUGGCAGAGAGUGGAACUCAUCGCGAGCUGCUCCGUAUGGGGGGUCUUUAUGCAGAGCUCAUACGCAGACAGAGCCAGGAGCCCCAGUGACCAGUCCCAACCAGUCCAUCUGAUGGUGCAAGAUCUCACUCCAGCCUGUGACCCAGGACCAGUACUUACUGCAGAGACCAUAUAUAACAGCUGACCUCAGAUCCAGCUCACUGGGUGCAGGACAGGAGCCCCUGGGGCCAUGAACUCCUGUGAGCUGGACAUCCUCCCUCUGUGUGCGGCAAUGAUACCCCUGAUACACGCUCCUGUGAGCUGGACAUCCCUCCCUCUGUGUGCAGCAGUGACACCCCCGGCACACGCUCCUGUGAGCUGGACAUCCCUCCCUCUGUGUGCAGCAGUGAUACCCCCGGCACACGCUCCUGUGAGCUGGACAUCCCUCCCUCUGUGUGCAGCAGUGACACCCCCGGCACACGCUCCUGUGAGCUGGACAUCCCUCCCUCUGUGUGCAGCAGUGACACCCCCGGCACACGCUCCUGUGAGCUGGACA